GGCAAAAUGGGAGCGACUCCACGAGUCAGCUGCAGCAGCAGCACCAGGUGCAGCAGCAGCAAUCUGAGGACACUGCCAAUGCCGGCAGUUCGUCGGAUGAUGCGGCCAAGGAUUCGGGAUGUGAAAUUGUCGCCAAACAGACAGCGCCAAGUGGUACCGGUGAGCGCAGUGCAGCCGAUGAGGAGGGUGGCCAUGAGGAGGAACUGGAGGAUGGUGAGUCAGCGGAGGAGGCCGCCUUCGAAACGCCGGACGAUGAGAUGUGCGAAAAGAUCGUGGAGCAGGUGGAGUUCUACUUCUCCAACGAGAACAUCCUGAAGGAUGCGUUCCUGUUGAAGCACGUCCGUCGGAACAAGGAAGGUUUCGUUAGCUUGAAGCUUGUGUCGAGUUUCAAGCGGGUUCGUCAGCUGACGAAAGAUUGGCGUGUGGUUGGAUACGCGAUCAAGCGUCGGAGCGUGAAGAUCGAGGUGAAUGAUCUCGGUACGAAGAUCCGUCGGUUGGAAGCGUUGCCGGAGCACGAUGAGACGACACCAUCGCGUACGGUCGUGGCGACAGGGCUUCCGUACGAUAAGUACACCGUCGAGAAGGUGUCCGAGUUGUUCUCGAAGUGUGGCGAGAUUUCGCUCAUCCGUGUGUUGCGCCCCGGUGGCCCAAUACCGGCCGAUGUCCGUCAGUUCAUUAACAAACAUCCGGAGCUGCAGCAGAACGAGUGUGCGCUGGUUGAGUUCACGGAAUCGGCUUCGGCACGCCGUGCACAGUCGAUGACGGAGUUUGUGGUGCUUGAGCUGGUUGCACCGAAGAAGAAGACUGGCAAGAAGGCGGCCAAUGUGACGAAGUUCGUGGAGAGCUACAAGUUUGCCGCGGGGCACGAUAUCGAGCGUAGCCGCGGUGGUGAAGGAUUCGAUCGGUUCCGGAUGCGCCGUGGUUCUGGGUUCUACCCGAAACCGGACAUGAUGGUGGGUGGUGCUACGAUCUAUCAACCGCCCCAGUACCAUCAUCAUCAUCAUGCGCAACCACUGAUGCCGAUGAUGCAGCCAAAUACGAUCAUGAUGGAGUCGAAUCCGGCAGCACCGCUCCAGCAGUACAUGCCACACUCGCUCCAGCCCCGAAAGUACUCGUUCGGUGCCGAAACUUUCGAGUGUUUCCAGCAACAGCAGCAUCAGCAGCGUCGCGCCAGUGCGUACUCGCUGGGAUCGGAUGCUUCGCGUAAGUUCUCGAGCUGCUCCGAGGGUUACUCGAGCUGUGGUGAGAUGUCACGGCGUACGUCGGCUUGCUCAUCGGCCGCCACGGACUCACUGUCACGGCGGACGUCCAACUGUUCCGAGGCACCGUCACGCCGCACGUCCAACUGUUCGGACAUUUGCACGUGCAAUGCACGCCGCAUCUCGCAGUGUUCGAGUGAUCUGAUAUUCCGCCGGAUGUCCCAGUGUUCGAAUGAUCCUACUCGCAAGUACUCGGUUGGAUCGAACUAUGACCGUAAGUACGCCAACUCUCCGGAACUACUCCAGCAGCAGCAACAGCAGCAGCAGCAGCAGCAAGGACAUCUUCUGCAGCGUCGCAUCUCGAUGGACUCGAACGGGACUGGGUUCGAUCGGAAGUACUCAACCGGAUCGAUCACGGGCUACCACACCGACAGUCCCAACAUUUCACCGCGCAAAUACUCGUCCGGAUUUGAUCCGUUGCGCAAACUAUCGAGCGGUUCCGAUCAGUACUACAACGGGCGCCGUAUCUCGACCGAUUCGGGGUACGAUCGACGGAUUUCGGUCGGUUCCGAGUGUGGUUCGGCACCGCGAUCCCGUGCUGGGAGCAUCCUCUGCAGUCAGCACGGAACGGCGACCGUGCCCGGAACGGGUGAAACCGUCGUGCGCACACCGAUCGGUCCGGAUGGUAGCAAGGGAUUCGGUACGCGCACUCGUCGCGUUGGAGUUGUGCUGCCAGCUUAAACCCGUCCCGGUGUUCAGUGUCUCAGCUUCUCCCAGUUUCCAAUCCCUCUCUCUCUCCCCUCAAGAUAUGUGGUAUGCAGAUACACCCUCCCAUCUCACGCCUACACGCCUGCACUCCACACCCCCUUUCGAGUGCUCAGUGCCUGAUCAGAACGCCAUCGCUGAAGUUGAUGACUUUCACUUGCGUGUGGCUGGCUGGCUGGCUGGCUGGCCUAGAUUCCCGCACAGCAGUGCGUGUGGCGGCGGUUACUGAUCUCACUGGAUCUCCCUCACAUUUUUAUCUCUCUCUCUCUCGCUCGCUCACUUGUUGCGCAAGUCGUGUGCUUGGUAGAACGAACGCCUGGUAGCGAGACAGUCUGUCUGCCACCUCUGCGCGUCCACUACCCUGGUCCACUCGGUGAUCCUCACGUGCUGGCGGCCAUGCCACACUGAUCACGUUUAUGCGAUCACUUUGCGAUCACUUUUGUGAGAGGCACAAGCACGGGAGAGAGAGAGAGAGAGAGAGACUGUGCUGGGAGUGAGUGAAGCAGAAAGAUUUCAUUGAACCUACGGUAAGACCGAUCACCACCAGCUGAUGAUCAUGGAGCUGGUGUUGGUGUGUGUCUGGCUGGCGUCACUUCAAACUCACCCUGUGACCGCUUCACACCUCCCCAUUCCUCUCCUCUUUUUGUUUUCUUCUUUUCAUUGCGGGCUUCGCGUUAAAAACGCGCACUAAUCUGCUUGCGCACCGCUACUGAUAGACACAUAAGAGCAACACAGACGUCGCGCUCGCGCUUGCCGGCAUCCUAGUAUUUAUUUGUCGUCCCAGCAUCCCCCUAAAAAUACACAUCCCCUCACGGGUUUGAACUUUUGGCGACUCAAGGUGUGACCUUGCGUCGCGUGACUACGGUUCGUGUUCGGACAAAAAAAAGGUGUUCUACAGCCCCGAGCUGUGCUGCGUGAUUGAGAGAUCGUAAUAUAGACUGGUUAAGAGUUCGGUUUUAGUUUCGUUUACAAGAAGGGAAGUUUGUACGGAGAGAGGGGCGAGGGAGAGGUAGAAGAGAAGUUUUGUGUUUUGUUUUUAUACAUAAGAGAUAGGAUGUAGCUACGAAAAGCAGUACUUAAGGACACUUUGGACGACAUCUGGUGUUGAAGUGGAUGGAAAGGGGUGCAGGAUGAGGAUCAGCUUACACGACGAAGCCAGGAGUAACAAUGAAGGAGAGGCACAGCGAGAGAAUGAGAUACCGACGGUUGCAACCCCUACAGACCUUGACCUAGUUGGGCGUUUGCUGCGUGUUUUUUCGGCUCCCAGUCCAGCCAAACCUGUCCCAAAACCUGUUGGACAACUCCCCAACGGCUCUGUACGCUGACUGAACGAUCGCGUGCUCCAGACUCCCGAGAGUUUGUUGAGACCAUUGUUGUAGGCCACCAAAAACCCGCAACUGCACGCCAAUUGGAACCAAUCCGCGCCAAUUGCAUUGCAUGCGCCAGGCGAUUAGGCGAAAGGCGAAAGCAUGAACCUGCGCAGCAUUAGUUACGGGCGCCUGGGCAUCGGAUUGCAAAUCCCACUCCAUGCCGUUCCGUUCCGUUCCGUUCCCGUUCGAAAAUCGUUCCGGUAGACUUAAUUUCCGGAGUCGAAAGGUGGAUAGCAGCAGCAGCAGCAGCAGCAGCAGCAGUGGCCAAUGUUCCGGUAGCGAUCGCUGACUAAGGCGAGCUGCUAAGGUUUGCUGGUGCGACUAAAGCACGCCAGCCGGCUAUAUGGCCAACGGCUCUAGACGUGAAGUGAAAACUAGUAACUCGUACACGGUGGCGCGGGUUGAUGAGGGUCUUUGGCUUGUUACAAUUUCACCGUGCACCGUGGUGGCGGUGGCGAAGAAAUUGGCAAAACACGCGCCCUCGGUCAUGUUCCGGUACUCGGUGUGUUGUUGUUGUUGCGCGGUUAGGUUGUGUAACGCUCGUUGUCUUACCCUUUAGACAGGCGGCGCCACCACCAGCCAGAAAAGGUCCACAACAAAUGUUUGUGAUAGCGCGGCCGUAGGCACGACUCAUUAGCGGUGAGGAAGAUUCGUGCCGGUUUUGGGGGCCAACUUCUUUGGCAGCUAAUUGGCGCCGUUCCUUGCUGGGCCUUGCAGGGCCUGGCCUUUUUCCGUGGUUUCUCGUGGCUGAUGCCAGAUGCGCGUGUACUCCCGCAUGUUGCACGAAAGCACGGCACGGCAUGGCAUGGCAUGGCACGGUAUGGAAACCGGAAGCACGGGCUGAUCCUCAUCCAUCGCUCACAAUCCAUCCAUCACCGGAAGCCGCCACAGUGCAGCUGUGAGCGCGAUCAAUGGUGGUUUAGUGGUAAGCAAACGUGUCUUAGCUCUUAAGAUGGCCCCGAUUAGGCCCAGAAGAAGGAGAAGGAGAAGGCCAAAACAUUCGUGCUGUUGCAGUGUUAGGCAUUAACGUUUAAAAGUGGCUGCUAUGACAGUUAGUUUAGUAUCUACUACUCGUUCCCCCGCACAGAUAUAUUACACACAAUCUCCUCUCUCCCUUGUUUUUGUGUGUUUCUCUUUCUCGCGUAUGAUAUGAUAAUUGUACACACUUAAACACACACAGCCGCAUACAAUAUUAUUCCGCUUCCUGUUUCUGCUGCUUUCCCCCAGCUCACAACUUAAUGUCCUUGUAAUGUAGUAACAGGGAGUGAAGAACAGGCGUUUGUAUCACUAGUGAUGUGGAUUUAGGUUUACACGAGUAGCCUUGUACAUUCUCGGGAUCUGCGUUCCCAAAUCCGAUCGAUUACAGACCGUAACACAACCGGAACAAACAAACACAGCAAAGCUGGGCAGGAUGCAACAUAUAGAACAUAGGACACUUCGCUGUGCGUCAACGUUUCUUCGACCGUUUGGCAGAGAAAGCUGCACGCGAGGUUGUCACCCAAUAGUGCAUAAAUAACUUCAAGUAAAAAAACCUCGAACAGCCGAACUCCCCGAUACCCGAUAGACGACCGCGACUGCAAUAGUCGGUGGUCAAUGGAUUAGCCUCAGAUAGUAAGCAAAACCCAGGGGACAGGAAUUAGCAGCAGCAGCAGCAGCAGCUACUACUACUGCUGUUGCUGCGGUAGAUUAUUAAUUAUAUUAAUUAGGUGGAUAUCCAUUUAAAAAUCCUCUCUCCUGCAUCACCUUCCCUGCUCCUUUAUUCCUUUUCCUUGAUAUGAUUUUUUUUGUUAUUUUUUGUUUUGUUGUUAACACACAUCGCACGUCAAAUACGUUAAGUAGCUAUGAAACAGGCAGCAAGAAUGUGACCGUUUGAAGUUAAGGAAGAACAAGAAGGCUUGCUAUCGCUCAGGCUUGUCUCGAUAUUUCGGGAAUACGCGGGGCAAGCGCCAACGGGAACGCCAGAGCAGGAGGCAGAGGGCGUUUCCAGUGUGGUGCCGUCGCGUGGACACAGCCAUCUUUCCCCCCCUUCGAAUCCUCUCGUCUCCCGAAGAUCGGACGGCCUGUGGAUGGCAUAGCGAGACGAGUGGCAAUAACGCAUAUUACUUUGACUAGUUUUUAAGAUUGAUCGUUCUUCGUGCGCAGACGACAGUCGACGUCAGGAUGAUGAUGAUGAUGAGGAGUUGUGAUGUCACGCGCGAAAAGAGGGAUGGACGCUUAGAUGCUUAAGCAACCUUUGUGUAAUAAUGGAUACAGCAGCAA